AUGAAUCCAGGAGAUAUGAGAACGAUCGCAAAGUCUCCGGAGGGACUUGAAUAUUGGCUAGCCGAGGAGGGACGGAAAGAAGAGGAAGCGAAGAGAAAGAAUUCACAGAAAGCGAAGAAGGAGGCCGAAAAGGCUAAGGAUUCGCGAAUACAAGAUGAGAGGGAAUACGCGCAGCUUGUUCAUCAAUGGCACUCGACGGAGGCCGAACGUGGCAAGUUCGCGUUCCAAAAGUGUCUCAACCUCGACCGACAAGCAGUCGAUCCAGCAUCUCUACCUACAUACUCACUUGAGACUUCCGUAUGUUUCUCGCUUUGGUCGACCAACAUGUGCCAGAACUGGGGUCUUGUCAACAUCCACAACGGUGUUCUCUGUCUCGAAUUCGACCACCUCGCCACGUUCCAAGCCGGCGGGCAGAUGUGUAGAGGCACCAUCAAUUGGAAUAAACGGCCGCUGAAGAUCAUGAUGUUGCCAUUUCCAUAUCCGGACGUGACGUAUCCCCCCAAGUCGCAGGAAGUCUUUUCUCUUGCUUACACGGACGGCGCGGCUCUGGGCGGAAUCCGCGAUGAGCACUGUACAGCAUACAUAUGUAUCUACGACAGGGAACGAUUGAGGUUGACCCUGCACAGGGAACUCAUCAACCCGUCUGGCUUCGCCAGCAGAUGGAAGAAUCCUCACAAUUUCACCACGGAAUGGGCCAAUAUUUGGGGUCUAAGGAUAGAGGCAGGCCAGGUCCAGAGCGCCCUGUCAGCCACGCCCAGCAUUUUCAGGGUUCAACCCUCUGAACCAUUGGAAAACGAGAACAGCUUUCCAUCCGGCAACACUGGCCUUCGAAACGUGAAAACGGAGCACUUCGAAGAAGAUCAAGUUUAUGUUGGCGAAGAGGACCAGGUUCUUGUUAAAGAUGAAGACCAGACUCUUGUUGACGAAGAAAACCAUAUUUCAUUCCAUGAAGUAGAUCAUGUCCCUGUUGGCAGAGGGGACAAGAUUCUUGUUGACGAGGAAGACCACAUUUCAUUCCAUGAAGAAAAUCAGGUCUUUAUUGAUGAAGAAAGGGAGCAAGGGGAGGAGAAGAAGGAGGAGGAGGAAGGGUAUGAAGAGGACAGCCAUGAAGAAAGUUAUCAAAAGGGCUAUGAGGAAGAUUACGAAGAGGAAGAUUACGAAGAAGAUAAGGAUGACCCUGAUGCGAAAGAGACCAAUUCAGACUAUGGGAAUGAGCCGUACGAUCUCGAUGAUAUGAAAUCUUGCCUCAAGGAACCGCCAAUACAACGCCUAGGUGUGCCCGGAUUCCCCGCCGCUUCUAACGUGGUGAGCUGGGGUGAGCAUGGGGUGCCUGUUCAAUUUGAAGUCAGCAUUGGCAAGUCUUUGAGCGAUCUUCAAACAUCCACCGUCGAGACGAUGUUCCUGCACUUUCCGGAUCGCCAGAACCCCUUCGAGGACACGAUAAAAGCGAUGGGCGCUGCUCUGAACCAGGGAAAGUUCAAGAACUACGGCCUAUCGAACUACUCUACCGCCGAGGUGCAGAAGGUUCUAGGGAUCUGGAAGCAAAAUGGGUACACCAAGCCCAGUGUUCUCGCAGCUGGUGGCCUUUUCUCGGGGCACAAGGCUUCAUCAGGCCGGUGGAAGAGUGACAAUUUUAUCGUAUACGGCGAUGCGAUUAUCUUUGGUAUUUCCAGGGUGGAGCAACUCUACUCGACACUUGAUGCACUUAAGGCUGGUCCUCUUCCCGAGGAUCUGGCGGCUGCUAUUACUACCUUCUACUCUAAAGUGCAGGGUGCCGAGCUUUCUUAUCACCUCUAG